GCGUCGAUCGUCUUCCUCGGGGAGAACGUCACGUCGGUGCCCGAGUGCGCCGUGAUUCGCCCGAACCAGCUCUUCGGCCGCACCCUGCCGGAGAUCGAGGCUGAGCCAGUCGUGGUGCGGGCCAAGACCCAGAACGCGCGGUGUGCCUGCGGGGCGGCGCUGGAGACGGAGCGGCCGCCGCUCGAGGAGUGGCUCCCGGCCGGGGCUGCGUGUUCAGGUCCCGCUGCGGGGGAGCUGCUGCCGACCCUCGGGCGCUGGAUGCCGUGCUCGCAGCUGCGCCCCAGGCCGGCGGACAUUGAGGAGUGCAGCGCUGCUGAGCUGGCGCGCUGGGAGGCGGCGGGCUUCGCUUCGCCGCCCUACCAGUUCAGUGGCAAGUGGUGCAUGCACCGGGCGGACCACCGCGUCGAGCCGCCUGGCGCCAGGAUACGAGAGAAGCUGAUGGUCUGCCCGGAGGACCACACUGUGCCGUGCAUGAUGAGCAGCGAGGCGGAGACCGAGCCCGCCAAGUACAAUGCUCUUCAACAGUUGCUCGCGGGCAACUCCUUCCAGUGCGAGGUGGUGGCCGGGAUGAUCAGCCACUGGGCCUUCGGUGCUGGGCGGCUGGUCCGAGUGCCCUCGCUGGGUGAGCUGCACGAGAGUGCGCGAGCGUGGCCUGCCGGCAAGAUGCUGUGGGCCGGCGACGUGCCGUCGCUGCACUGUGGCCGCUCCGAGAUCGACGAGGGCCUGCACGCCAUACUGGACGCGCUGGCGGUCCCAUCUAC